AUGGUACUGAUAACUCUUAGAGGAAAGGGUGAGGCGGGCUACGUCGACGAGGACCCGGUCACCUCUUCGGCUGAGCUCUUCCAAGACCUCGCUGCAGAUUGGAAGGGACACGGACUGAAGACGACAGAACAGCUCGAUGACGACCUUGAGAUCUUAAGCAAUGGUCGCGAUCACCAAUAUGUCUGGAUGACAUCCUAUGAAGACAUAGACAGCACUGCUGCCAGUGCAGCUCGUCCCAAGAUUAUCGCCAACACCCAAGGCUUUGCCGGCGCCAUGAUCUACGCGUACCAGAAUGACCUGAGCAUUGUCAUUCGCCCCGACGAUGUCUGGCUUGCCAUUCUCAUCCAGUUCAGCUUCUACGUAAACAAGCACGCAGAUGAGCUCCGCCCCAAGAUUGCCGGCUAUGACGGAAAGAAGCCAUUGGAGAUCGACCUGCGCCACGACCUCAACGACAAGAGCCUGCGCGGGCUCGCUCAGAAGAUCAUCAACACCCUAAGCAAGGACGUGAUCACUACGAAAUUUGCGUCAAGCUUGCUGCCUUCAUUCAACACCACGAAUGAGACAGACAGGUGGGUCGCGACUAUCGCGAUCCUCGGAUCGCUGAAGCACUACCUGGAGGACGUACCAACUGGCAAUUGCGGCCUUGUGAGCGUCAGACUCGACGGAAGAAAGCCAGAUUGGAAAUCGAUCUGCGACCGCGUGAAAGCGCUUGGCGAGGGCAACUACGGCGAGGAAGUAAAGGAGUGGGCGAGCUAUCUCUCAAUCGUGUGCGAAUACUUCCUGGCAUCAGUGGAGAAGCGAGGUACGGAGGAGAUCAAGUCCUUCUGGAACCUGAUUUGCCAUGUUGGCGGGAGACAAGAGGAAAACUCAACUCCGACACUUGGCGGUUGGAUCACGGCGUUUUGUUUCUGGGACCCGGAUAGAAACCGGAUCAGAAACUACUCGCCCGAAGAGAUCAAGGGGAUGUGCGCACGGGAUGGGGAGGCACGUCAGGAUGUGAUGCUGAACGGCGUCCGCUUCCCGGUCAUCUCGACUGAGAAGUCCAUCCCGGCGGGCGUGACGGAGUUUAAGAUGGUUGUGGCUCAGGAGCAUGAGGGUGUUCAGUACGAGGUGUCAGUCAUCGCUGGCUUGAUGGCGCUGAAGUGCAUGAAGCACGCGACGGGCCGUACAGGCUUGGACACCAUCCAGCUGGUGCCGGGAUACUGGAUGGUCGAGGACGACUGCAAGCCGCUGUGGACACCGCAGAAGGCUUUGUAUGAUUAA